AUGUCAACCACUAGUAGAAGACUGACCAGAUCGAGGAAUAAGAAAACUGUUCAUUACGAUGAGUCUAGUGAUGUAGAUCAAGAUGAAGAUGCUUAUAUCCCAUCUGAACAGGAUAAAGAAAAUGCCCCAAAUCGUGUUGCCAAAUCCGCCAACAAGAGAAGGAAAGCAGCCUCAAACAAUGCAACCACUUCAAAGAAGCAAAAGACAAGAUUCGGUGCAGAGCAACCACACCAGAGGAGGAACGGAAAAGGCAGCAACACCCGAGAACCACAAUUGGAUGACGAUUGGGAGGAGAAUUACUUGUAUCAAGCAUUAUCCAGCCCCGAGAUCAAUGUCCUUGAUCUUGCACAGGAAUGGAUUGAAACAUACGAAGAGGAAGAAUUUACACUGAGUAGUACCGACUCAAGCACUAUCCCCUUGUUGAUAAAUUUAAUCUUGAGAAGUUGUGGUUCAUUUCAUCUUUUCCAACCUCAUGAUUUAACCAAUUUAGAAAGUGCUGAAAGUACAGUUGAAGAAAUAACAUUGGCAUUCGGUAAUCAGUCAACCCACAAAUUCCCAUUUAAACUUGUUCCUGUUUUUAAAAAGAAUGUGUUGCUGUUUUUCCAACAUAUUAUUGAAAUUAGUCAUGAGAAGGGAUUGUUGUAUCCCCUGUACAAUCAGCGGCGGAGAUGCAGUAGCGAUGAUGAUGAUGACGACAGCGUUCUGAAACUGUCACAAUUGAUGUCAUAUUUGAUAACUUGGGUGACUAGUCUUUCCACAUCUGCAAUUAGAGCAUUGCGUUAUACCAGCACAGAAAUAUCUGUGGUUAUUCAAUUAGAAUUGAGCAAGAUUGGAAAGUCAAUCACCACUAAUGUUGCUAGAUCAAGAAAACAGUUGCAAAAAUUGACAGAUGAGAGAUCCACUAAAUACAAGACCAUCAAAUCAACUAUUUCAAACUACGAAUCUCAAUUGGAAACUUUGAAUGAAUAUUUCGAGGACAUUGCUUCAACUGUUGUUUCACAAAGAUACAAGGAUUUUGAUCCACAGAUUAGAUUAAUUGUGGUAAAAUACCUAAUUGAUACGGUAAUCACUUUUCCAUCAUAUUUCUGUCAAUCGCAGUUUUUGAAAUAUUUUGGCUGGUUGUUGUCUGACCCUGUUAAUCACGUACGCAAUGAAAUAACUCGUGACUUGUUGAAAUUGUACAAGUUGAACAAGAACGAGGAUAUUGUUCACGGAUUGACUCAGUUUUCCUCCAAAUUUAAACCACAAUUCAUUGCCAUGUGUGAAGUUGACAUUGAUUCUAAUGUACGUACCAACUGUUGUGGUAUAUUGACGGAGAUGAUCAAGAUGGGAUUUCUUGACGGUGAGGACAGGCAUUCGGUUAUAAAACUGUUUCCAUUUGAUUCAUUGACGAAAUUGAAAUUACAAAAUGAAUUUGUUAAAUUUGUUCAGCUGGCUACAGAGGAGAAUGUGAGUCAAAUUUUGGAAAAGAAUCAAUUGGUUUUGGAGAGGGGGAAAUUUGUUUUACGUGAUCAUGAUGUAAGGGAUAUCUUGCUAAUCAAAGUGUUGAUACAAGAAUUGAGUUUUCUUGUUCAACAACAAAAGCCAUUGGCUGUGAUUUUUCAGUCAGUGGGCAUGAGUCAGGUGUAUGCGACACGAUUGAGAUUGUUUCUUGAUUAUUUAUUGACUGAUAUUGCCGAUUUGCGAAAGGAAAAGAGCGAGGCGGAUGAAGAUAAUGUAGAAAUGGAUGAUCCAGAUUUGGAUGAAAUUAGGCAACUAAUUCAACUUGAUGACUUGGAAAAACUCACCCUCCUUGAGGCCAUCCAUGGGUUGAUCAAAGCAACGAUGAUGAAAAAAACUGGCAAGAACGGAGGUGCAUCCAGAGAGGAAGAAGAGGAAAUCAAAUCAACCAUUAUUACCCAAUUCAUUGACUACAUCCCCAAACUACAAUCAUUUUGUUCGAAAUCAAAUAAUCGAUACAAGAUUUUCAUAUCGAUAUGGCAAGAUCUAAUUGAUGAUAAACACAAUUCUAUAUUCAAUUAUUAUAUCAAAUUGGACAAACUUGAUGAAUAUGAGGCAAUGAUUAUGUCGGUAUUGCAAUACUACUAUGAGUUCAGUUUAGUUGAUGAGUUUCAACCAUUUUUUGAAAAAUUGUUUAAUCUGAGAGGAUUAACUGAAUCGAUCAAAUUUGAAAUACAAAGAAUUGUUAAUGAGUUGGUGGAAAAUACAACUGUAUAUCUAAGGGAUAAUCACGAAGAAGAGCAAGAGCAAAAUGAGAUGAUUGAUACUUCAAUUGAUAUGGAUCGGGAUUUUAUUUUAUGGACAAAUCGCCAAAAACAUGUAAUCAAACUAUGUCGUGAAGUGUCCAUCCUUGUGCAAAAGAUCAAACUAGUCGGAAACUAUGUUAAUAUAGCCAAUUUGGAAAAAAUUGAUGAUUUGGUUUAUCAGUUUAAUAAUCGGAUAUUCAAUAAAUUUGAUUUAAAUGUGGUGCUUAAUCAAUGGAAACAUAAUUUCAUUUUACAAUUGCCCAAGUUUGCCGAGGCAUUUAUUUCAAUUAUCGAAUUGGUGUUCGUUAUUGGGGGAUGGAAAUUUGAGAAAUUGAUUGAUAUACCACAACAAGAUCAACAUCAAAUUGACGUUGAAUUGGAAUUAGAAAUGAUUGGUGAUGUUGUUUGCAAUUUAAUUCGAUAUAUCGAUGAAAUGAAGGAGUUGAAUAAUGGGAACGACCAUACCAAAGAAGAUUUGCACCAGUUGGUUGCAUUCAGAUGUCAAUUGAUUUAUCAAUACAUCAACUUGAUAAUCUCAUUUCGGUUGUUUUACAUCAAGUUUCAUGAUGAUAACAAUUUCAAGCAUUUCAAAGCAUAUUUCCGUCUGAAUAAAUCUGUGAUUAUGAUAAAGCAAGAUUUACAAAUGGAAUUGCUCGAAACAUAUUUGAUAAAGGAGAUGCAAUUAGCAAGUAUUUUGGGGAUUCAAUUGGAGAGAGAUGAUGAAGAAGGUGUUCAUUAUGAGGAAUAUGUGGAAGAGGAGUUGCAAAAGGAAACUGUAAGCUCGGAAGAUGAUGAAGAUGCUGCAUCGUAUGACGAUGAAAAGAGGCAGCGUCGUGAAAAACAACAACGUCUACAAAAAGCCAAACUAGAACAAUUGAAACAAGACAAGACAUGGCAAUUGGAAAAAGAUUUAUCGGUAUAUACUUUGAAAUUGAUAUCAUUGAUGAAGUUGCAAUUGAUUUCAAAUGAUAUAUAUCAAAGAUUACAAAAGAAUGCUGGAAAAUUGGGAGAAGUAUACUACAAACUAAUCGAGCAAGAGAAAGUUGUUGUCGGUGGGCACGACGAUCGCCCUAGUGAUGAGCAAGCCAGAAAUGGAGAUGCAUCGACUGACUUGGAUAUUGAUAUAGGAGACGGUGCUGAUAAUACUGAGGCCGGUGGAAAUGAUAUGAGCCGAGAUGGAGAGGAUGAAGAUGUCGAUGGUGAUAACGAGCAAGAUGUGUCAAUGGAUUUACAAUUGGAAUUGGUUAUGUAA